GCACCGCCGCCGCGACGCGCCCCGAUCACAUUCAUUCCACCGCGCAGCCGAAGCGGAGACUUUUUCCCCUCCCGCCCUUUCCUCCUUUCCAACCCAAGCCCUCCGCCUGCUGACGCGUCCCGCCGACCUGGCUGGACCAGUGGCCAACUCCCGCCCUCCUCCGUCCAGUCCCGGUCCGGUCGUGCCAGAGCCCGGCCACCCCUCGGACCCACUCGUCCCUCCCAUAAGUUGUUCCCUCCGCACCGAGCCGCCGGCAAGCCGCGUCCACCACCGCCACGCAACUGUUCCGCUCUGCUUCAAACCAUGGCGCUGCCGCUCUCCCUCGCCCUCGUCCUCGCGCUAUGCGGCGCGGUCGCGGGUGACCCGCGCACGUCCGUGGCGGGGCGGUCGUGCUCGCCGGGGACGGCUGUCUCCGGCUCGGCCCUCGCCGACAACUUCGUCCCGUCCAUGGAUGACCUCAACAGCAACGUCAGCGCGCACGGCUUCGGCACCUCCGCCGUGGGCUCCGGCCCCAACACGGUCUUCGGCCUCGGCCAGUGUCUGCGCGACCUCUCCCCCGUCGACUGCAAGCUCUGCUUCGCCGAGGUCAGGUCGCUGCUCCCCAAGUGCUACCCGCGCGUCGGGGGGCGGCUCUACCUCGACGGCUGCUUCGGGAGGUACGGCAACUACUCCUUCUUCGGGGAGGCCGUCGGGGCAGCGGACGCCACCGUGUGUGGGUCAGGCUCGGAGGGGAACUAUACUGCCGACCCGCGCGGAUUCGGGGACGCGGUGCGCGUGGCGAUGACGAACGUCACCGGGGCGGCGGCGGCGCCGGGGAGCGAGGGGUUCGGGGUGGGGUCGGCGGCGGCCGGCAGCGCGACGGCGUUCGCGCUCGCGCAGUGCUGGGAGAGCCUCAACGGCACCUCGUGCGAGCAGUGCCUCCGCGCCGCGUCGAGCGCGGUGGCGCUCUGCGCGCCGGCGACGGAGGGGCGCGCGCUCUUCACCGGGUGCUACCUCCGCUACUCCACGCGGCGGUUCUGGAAUGACAACGCCACGACGGGGUCGGGCUCGUCAGGUAACAAUGGCGUUGUUUGGAUACUGUUGGGUUCCUUUGUUGGUGCUUCUGCAACUGCUUUCAUUAUUGGUUUUCUUGCAUGGAAGAAAAGAAUUCUUAGGAGCAAAAAAGGGUGCAACUCAUUCAUAGAUAUGUAUGGAGAUGGACUCUCUGUGAGAAUUGCACAGUCUAGUCUGAAUUUCAAAUAUGAAGAGUUAAGAAAAGCAACAAAUUAUUUUGAUCCAGCAAACAAACUUGGUCAAGGAAGCUACGGAGCUGUAUACAAGGCUGUUCUUCUGGAUGGAAAAGAAGUUGCUGUCAAGAGACUAUUCCUAAAUACAAGGCAGUGGGCUGAUCAGUUUUUCAACGAAGUCGACCUAAUAAGUCAAGUUCGUCAUAAGAAUCUAGUUAAGUUGCUUGGCUGCAGCGUGGAUGGUCCAGAGAGUUUGCUUGUUUAUGAGUACUACUUCAACAAGAGUCUUUAUCUCUUCUUGUUUGAUGCAAGUCGUAGAAGAAAUUUAACCUGGGAUCUGAGGGUCGAUAUCAUUCAAGGCAUUGCCGAGGGACUUUCUUAUCUCCAUGAGGAGUCAGAAACACGGAUUAUCCACCGAGAUAUCAAAGCUAGUAAUAUUCUAUUGGAUGAUAAGUUGAAGCCCAAAAUAACAGAUUUUGGCCUUGCAAGAGCUUUUGGAGAAGACGUUACUCAUCUUACCACUGGUGCUGCUGGAACACUAGGCUACAUGGCUCCUGAAUAUGUGGUGCAUGGGCAUCUAACAGAGAAGGCUGAUGUCUUCAGCUAUGGUGUUCUUGUUCUCGAGAUUAUAACAGGGAAAAGAUGUAGCGGGUCAAAUGGUUCACACGGAGGGCAGGUUUUAUUAACAAAGGUAUGGAAACACUACAAGGAGAACACAGUAGAGAUGAUUGUUGAUCGGAGCAUCUAUGAAGACACUAUCAGGGAUGAGGUCAUGCAUAUACUGCAGAUUGGACUGCUAUGCACCCAAGCAAACCCUGAUGACAGGCCUACAAUGGGGAAGGUGGUGGAGUUGCUGAGAAACCACAGGCAUGAUUUGGAGAUUGUCUUGAGUGAUCCUCCAUUUCUGAAUGUUGAGGCUGUUGAGAACAUCAAAGAAGGGGAACAAUCCCAAUUGCUGUCCACAAAUUCUGCUCCUUCGCUGUCAGGCUCGUCUCGAUCUUACUUAAGUGGGAGAUAAUCUCAGCAUUUUUUUUUCUUUAGUUCCUAAGAGGAUAUAUUUAAGAGUUUGUACAGUUUUGUGUGAUGUGAAAUCAUCAUGUUAGCAGAUAGAUCGUUUGGGAAGCCAGCAGCCUAUAUUUCAUAAAGUGUGCUAGAAUGGAGGGUAGCAGAUAGAUUCUUCAAAAUGUUUUUUUGUCCCACCACAAUAAUACAAGCGAGUUCCUGUGACUUCACUUGUGAUAUACAUUCAUAUACUUUAAAUGAAUAAAGAUGAUAAUUCAUUGA